CGAGAUUCACAUGUAAGGCGCAUACGCGAGCUGGCUUCUACGAAGUCUUCACCUUUGCAACUACGCUCACGAGCUCUCUUUCAACCUAAACCACCGCCCAGUCCAGCUCAGUCCUUAGUGAAUGGUGACGUUCGAUACACCCGCGCCACGAAUGCCUCUUCCACGGUAGCCAUGGCCGUCCUGUCGAAACCUUGGUCGAGACAAGGUCUUUCCAAUGCCUCGAUCAAGUCGCUCACCAACGAGUUCACGUCUCUGUACCUUCAAAACCGCACCCGCAUAUCACGCGCCGUCUACCUAACGCUCUUCGUCGCCCUCAUCAAUCGCGUGCGCAAUGCCAUAGCUGAGCAGAAGGCUGCUUCAAUACGGCGCGAAGCACAGCGAAAGUCUGGCACGGGACCAAGCGAGGGUGAAGCAACGGGGCGGAAGAAGGUCGAGCUGAAUCGCGAAUUCUUCAAGAACCUUUUGCGACUGCUCAAGAUCUGCAUACCAGGAUGGAGAAGCAAAGAAUUCAGACUGAUCAUCAGUCACAGCGUAUUUCUGGUGCUGAGGACGAUGAUCAGUCUCUAUGUAGCUGAGCUGGAUGGCAGACUGGUCAGCAGUCUGGUGCGAGGUAAAGGAAGCGAGUUCUUGAAGGGACUGGUAUGGUGGAUGACAGUGGCCAUCCCGGCGACCUUCACAAACUCGAUGCUCUCCUACCACCAGUGCAAGCUGUCGCUGCAAUACCGCACACGACUUACGAACUAUGUCCAUAACAAGUAUCUCUCGCAGAUGACCUUCUACACUCUCUCGGCUCUUGACGACCGAAUCAAGAACGCAGAUCAGCUCAUCACGGUAGACGUGGCCAAGUUCGCGAACAGUAUGGCCGAGCUAUACUCGAACCUUGCAAAACCAGUGCUUGAUAUAAUAGUAUACAACUACUCGCUGUCACGAAGCGUAGGGGGAGAAGGCCUAUUCUUCAUGAGCUUGCUUGUGCAGAUUUCUGCUAACGUUAUGCGCGCGCUAACGCCACCGUUUGGAAAAUACGUCGCAGACGAGGCAAGACUUGAAGGCGAGUUCAGAUUCCAGCACUCGAGGUUGAUCGACUACAGCGAAGAAGUCGCGCUGUAUCACGGUCACGAGGCAGAAAAAGACACGUUGGACAAGGGGUACUUCACAUUGAUCAAGCACGUCAACAGAAUACUGAGAAGACGCCUAUACCACGGUGUCAUGGAGGACUUUGUUAUCAAAUACUUCUGGGGCGCGCUUGGACUCCUGCUCUGCAGUGUGCCUGUUUUCUUCCAGGUUCCUGGACAGAACACAAGCAAUAUGGGCGAUCGAACGGAAAGCUUCGUUACCAACCGCCGCAUGUUGCUCAUGUCAUCUGAUGCAUUCGGUCGUGUCAUGUUCUCCUACAAGGAGAUCACUGAGCUCGCUGGCUACACAUCUCGUGUAUCCACUUUGCUAGAUGUCAUUGAUGAUAUCCAAGCCGGUCACUUCGAAAAGAAGCUCGUCUCGUCAGCCGACACAGAAGAGAACGCAGCCGUUCUGCGCGGACGUGGUGUGGUUACUGAGGGCGAGGAUAUUGAGUUUGUGGACGUUCCCAUUGUCUCACCCAACGGCGAUGUACUUGUGCGUAAGCUCUCGUUUACAGUCAAGCCCGGUGAUCACCUCCUUAUCGUUGGCCCCAACGGCUGCGGAAAAUCGAGUCUCUUCCGCAUCCUAGGCGGCUUGUGGCCAGUCUACGGUGGCACAGUACGCAAGCCACCUUUCGAAGAUAUCUUCUACAUCCCUCAGCGCCCAUACCUUUCUCGAGGAACAUUGCGCCAGCAGAUCAUCUAUCCGGACAACUUGCGCGAAAUGCGCGAUAAGGGUAUUACUGACGAAGACCUGUAUAACGUCCUCAGUGUUGUUGAGAUCGAGAGCAUUGUUGACCGCCCAGGUGGCUGGGACGCCGAACAAGAAUGGACGGAUGUACUGUCAGGUGGCCUACAACAGCGAGUAGCCAUGGCACGACUGUUCUACCACCGACCUCGGUACGCCAUCUUGGAUGAGUGCACAAGCUCAGUUACGCUGGAAAUCGAGAGGGUGAUGUACGACGAAGCGAAGCGGCUCGGCAUCACUCUCAUGACCGUCUCGCACAGAAGGAGUCUGUGGAAGUACCACGAGAAGAUCUUGCAGUUCGAUGGCCAAGGGAAGUACGUGUUUACGAGGCUGGACGCAGAAAGACGAUUGGAGCUUGAAGAUGAGAAGGAGGACAUCGAGCUGCAAUUGCGAGCCGUACCAGACAUCGAGCAACGUAUUGCAGAAUUGGAAGCUUCGAUGUGAUGCGUUAGCUGUGAGCAGCAUGACAGACACGCAGCUAGCCGCUUCCGCGGUCCUUGACCCCCUAUUGCUCAUCUACAAAACUGCAGACUACUAGAAAUUCGACGCCCC